AUGAGGAAUAGAAGACGUAGAUACGAAAGUGAAGACAAAGACUUGCAAAAGAAGGAAGUAAAGAAGGCGAAAGGAAAGAAGACGGCGAGGAUAAAAAGUGAGGGAGAGAGAAAAAGAAGAAAAGAGACGGUGACAGAGGAAGAAGGAAAGCGGCAGGAGAAGGACAGGGAGGAAGGUGAAGGAAGCGAGGAAAGACGAGAGGAGACUGAAGAGAAAAGGAAGCGGCAGGAGAAGUUAGUGAUAAAAAGAAAAGAGGAAGAAGAAAGAGAAGUGAUAAAGAAGGAAGAUGGUAUAAAAAGGAGAGAUGAUGAGGAAGAAAGGAGAAAAGGAGGACAAAAGGAAAUGCAGGAUGGAGGAAUGGUGAAAAUGAAAGACGGAAGAGGAAGGCCCGUAACAACCGGGGAAUACGAAAAGAAGAAGGAAUUGGAAAGGGCCAAGGAAGAAAAGAAGUGCCUUGACUGGGAGGAAGAGACCCGUAAAGCGGACAGGGAACUCAUAGAAAACUGGACCGAAGGGGCCAACACGCGGGCCAUGAAGGCCCUCAGAGGAGAUCCCAUAGAUCCCUUAGGUCCCAAAGAGACCGGGAAGGAAGAGGAGGUAGAAAGACGAGAAAUCCCAGACCUUCCCGCUUCAGAAAUACUCGCGGAGGUGAACAAGUCCGUUCAAGCCAUUAGGCAAAUAUCGAGCUUCACUAAGGGGUAUAAGGGAACCUCGCGCAAGCUCCUGAAAGAAGUGGCCGACAUAAUAUCCACGGCCACAAAGGAACUGGGCAAAAGGACGGAAAACGAGGAGAACAGAAAACUGAAAGAAGAGAAUCGGCUUCUCAAAGCAGAGAUCACCUCCAUGAAGAAGACAGCCCAGGGCUUCAGGGAGGAGAUAAGAUGCCUGAGAGAGGAAUUUGCCUCAGCGGGCAAUAAAGAAGUAGCUACAACCAGCGUAGAUAAGCUCGCCGCCAAGCCCGUUGUCAGCCUUCAAAGGUUAGAGAUCAAGAGAGGCAGUAAGGUCAACCACAAUCUCUAUAACAACGGAGACACCCAACAAGGGUCUGUACAACAGAUCCUUGAUACGAAAAUGGUUGACCUUGAAGCCACAUUGGUCAAGCAAGUCGGCGAAAUUAUAAACGCCAGACUUGCAACAUUCGAGGAGCGAUUACCACCAGAGAAAAGCUUCAGGCCUCCGGUGGGAAAAGCGGCCGCCAAUAAAGUCCCGACAGGAGUAAAACCCCGAAGACAUAUGCGGCAGCAACAGCGGGCACAAAAAAGGGAACAGACCCCAGGGAGAAGACACGCACCACCACCGCUGUCACCCCUCAGGCUCCUGCUCCCCCGAAGAAACCCAAAACCGAGGGCAAAUUGUUAG